AUGAUGUUCUCUGCUGCAAAGCAACGAAGAAUGGGUCCCUUGAUUUACUUUGUUUAUUUUUCUUCAUUUAAAGUCAUUGAAGUUAGCACGAACGUGAAUUAUACAAUAAGGUUUUUUGGAAUUACUGGUGACUGCCCAGCAUUACAAAAGAUAUUAAGCUUCAUCAAUCAUAAUGGCUAUUAUUGUUGUUGGCUCUGUUUUAUUCGUGGUGAACAUAUCAAUCGAAAAAGACAGUAUUUUUACCAACUUCCAAUUGAAUAUAGAACGCCGGAAUCAUAUCAGAAACAAGGCGAAACAGCAGAAAAAGAACAUCGUAAUGUGUAUGGUCAUCUUGGAGAAAGUUUACUAAAAAAUUUGCUAGAUGUUCCACUUCCAUAUUCCAUCAUUCUAGAUUAUUUACAUAUUUCGUUAUUACGACAUACAAAAUGCAUUUUACCUCAACUAUAUCAGCAACUAACCGUACCUCAACGGCGUUCAUUGGACAAAGCAUUCAAAGAACAAUGCUUUCCACAUUUUUUCAAUCGUAAAAUUAAACCAUUAAAUAAUUUAUCCUUCAUUAAAGCCACUGAACUUAGAAAUAUUAUAUUGUAUUGUCUACUUCCUUUGAUUCAACCACUGCUGCCAUCCGAUGUUGUCUCACACUUGGCUCUUUACGUGUGUUUCUUACGAUUAUUGGAUUCUAAACGAUUAUCUCGAGGAGAAACCAGUCAAACAGCCGAAAAUUUAUUUAAUUUAUAUUACAAAGAUCACGAACUCUACUACACUGGUCUACAGAACUUUGUAUUGCAUGUCCAAAUUCAUUUUCCAACACUAUAUGAAUUAGUUGGUGGAUUGUGUAAUAUAGGAACAUUUGGACAAGAAGAUUUAAUCGGAAGUAUUAGUAAACAGAAGCAUGGUAGCCGGUUUUACGGAGACUUAAUUACAUAUUAUUAUAAUAUUAAUUUUAAUCUUCAAAACAAAAUACAAACGUCUGUGAAAAAUUCCGGUCCAAUUGAUCCAGAUCAGAUGAAACCUUCACAAUAUCCCAUCGUUGAAGAUUUUCAUCAAAAACAUUGUAUUUGUGGUUCUGUUGAUACAUGUGUUACCAUUAAUCAGUCAUCUUUCACCAUGUCUAGUAUCCGUGCACAAAGAAAUCGUCGAGCACCGAACAAUUUUACUCCUACUCAAAAAACUCCACCACCGCCUUAUUAUUUGCUUUAUUUUGACAAUACUGAAUCCUACAUGAUUACAGCUAGGACGAGUUUAAAGCAAAUCGUUGAUAAUUAUGCUACGGUUUUAAUUAAAAAUAAACAAACUGAUGCUGAAAUUAUAGCAAGAGGAAGCAUGGAAUAUUGUAUGAUGGAACAAGCACGAUUAACGGAGGAAUCACAUUCUCAACGUGAAGAUGAAUCGGGAGACGAACACGGUUUGAAUGAUGAAGCUGAAGCUGAUCAAUCAACAGUAGGUGUUCGACAGAAUGAUUUGAAUCCACUACCACAUCAAAGAAAUGAAAGACGUCGUAGUCUAUCUCCACUUGGUUCUGUUCGUAACGAAGCACCGGCAGCUUCUCAACAUUUAUUCGAGAAUCGUCGUGUUCUACAAGAUACGUCCAAUACACAAGGUUCAAUGCGUGAUCGUUCAAGAUCACCGAUAAACCAUCGUAUGUCAUCAACAGCAGGUGCAGGUGGAGGACAAAGUGGUUCGGAUUGGCCAAAAGUCCGUCUAUAUUCUGCCAUGGAUUUACAUCAUGGAAUUCUUGCUGAAAAGAUUGAUCGAAAAUUUAGUGAAAUUACAAAAAAGAUGGAUAAACUGGCAAAAUCAACAAGAGCAGCUAAUACAGAACUGGAAUCCUAUUUAGAUCGUAGUGAGAAUGAUAGACGUCCUGCUGAAAUGAUAUAUGAUAAUCAGAAUUUAUUGAAUAUUGUUGGCACGAGUUACGGCGAUUAUGCAAGAAAAUUAAUGAAAAAAUUAUAUUCAAAAGAUGAUUUAAAAAAUUGUAUUUUACCACCAGCCAGAGAUCAUUUGAAACGUAAUGCAUUGGAUGAAGAAAAAUUUACUAUAUUAAAUGGUAAGUAGUAAAUUUUUCUCAGUUAAGAGCAAAAAGUUGAGCAAAUCGACGAGCUUUAGGCCUUUUUUCCCUUUCUCCUGCACAGAUCUUGAAUUGGCUCAUAAGUCGAGCAACUGGGUAUAAAAAGAGCAGCUAUGGUGCUCGUUGACUACUCACCAAAAGCUCAUUCUCUCUCCUUUCAGAAGAACACUAAGAAGAGGUCCACAAACUAUGGCUUAUUUUUGUUCACAUUAUAUUAGAAUUGAGCUUUAUUUCUGUUUUGAGGUGCGUUUUUUUACUCUCUUAUGGAAAAUGUGUCUCAAGCAGUUGUUACACUUCGCACCGACUUUUUCCGAUUUUCUUUUCAGAAAAAGAAGCAAAAUUUUUCCUGCUACAGUGACUACUAUCCGUACCAAAUGGUCGUGCAGUCGGUUGCUUUUUGAAUAACUCCUCGCGGGAGAUAGAUAAUGAAGUGCGGUUUUCAGCAUUAGAAAGAGGACACUUUAAGACAUCUUUUCAUAAGCGAAAGUCAGUUUCAGAAAAAUUUCCUAACUUCGUUUUCCAGGAGAUCU